CUACCUUUUUCUACUAGCACUAGCAAGAAACCAUGGAUCUUCUCCUCUUAGAGAAGACCCUUCUUGGCCUCUUCUUCGCCAUUCUUGUCGCCAUUGUUGUGUCCAAGCUACGCGGCAAGAAGUACAAGCUCCCGCCGGGUCCUCUCCCGGUGCCGGUGUUCGGGAACUGGCUCCAGGUCGGGGAUGACCUGAACCACCGGAAUCUCACCGAUUACGCCAAGAAGUUCGGUGACAUUUUCCUUCUGAGGAUGGGGCAGAGGAACCUGGUGGUGGUGUCGUCGCCGGAGCUAGCGAAGGAGGUUCUCCACACGCAAGGGGUGGAGUUCGGGUCCCGAACCCGGAACGUGGUGUUCGAUAUCUUCACCGGGAAAGGGCAGGACAUGGUGUUCACCGUCUACGGCGACCACUGGCGGAAGAUGCGGCGGAUCAUGACGGUGCCCUUCUUCACCAACAAGGUUGUGCAGCAGUACCGGCGAGGGUGGGAGGACGAGAUCGGGUUGGUGGUGGAGGAGGUGAAGAAG